AGGGUUGUGUCAUCAUUCGCCUCCUUCUCCUCAUUUACAUAGCGACGCGUGGUUGGCGGUUGGCUUGCCCGUUUCUCUGCGUGGAUUGGCCCAUGGAAGAAGCCGGACUUCCUCCCCGCCCGCCCGGGUAGUAGGUCAAGUCCUUUCCUAAGAGGGCUGCCGGAAGACGCUUGCGCGAGGGUCACGUGGCUGAGUCGCGGCGCCCGCCGGCGCCGCUGUUUCCCUUCCCAAGAUGGCUGCCGCCAGGUGCUUGCAGAGGGCUUGGGGGGUUGCCGCGCCCGACUCCUUUCUGACGUUUAGGGGCCUGGCCACUGUCAUUCCCAAGGUGACUCAAGUGGAUAAUUCUUCACAUUUUCUGGAAAAUGUUCCACACCGCCAGCACCCUGGGAUCCUUCACCUCAAAAGCGUCAAGCUUCCGCCUGAGUUGGUAGAGGCAGCUUCCUUUCUGGUGGCCCAAUCCUCUGUGCGCAACCUGGACCAACAGGCCAAGGCCCUCACCAACUAUCUGUGGAGCCGCAAACGCCCUCUGGAAAUAGCAGACCUGCAAAGGCAGGCCCAGCAGGUGGAGCAGAAACUGAAGGAGGAGCUGGCCCACGAGAAAGAUGCAUUGGCCCAUCUGGGUGAGGCCAAAGAGGAGAAGAAGCUGGAGAAAAGGGUCUUGUAUGCCAUCCGUAAAACAACUUACCACUGGAAGCCACUGAAUUACACUGAAGAGUUCAGCUUUGUGUACAUGGUAGCCCGCAUGGACGGGAUGUUUGCAGCUGUGUCGCGGGCUUUCCAUGAGAUCCAGAAGCGAGUUCCAGACUUCCAGCCCUGCACCCUGUUGGAUUUUGGCUCGGGGACUGGCACCGUCAGCUGGGCAGCACACAGCAUUUGGGGAAAGACAAUAAAGGAAUAUAUGAACAUCGACUCCUCUGCUCCAAUGUUAGCCUUGUCUGAGAAGCUGAUGAAAGGGACAUGUGAGCAGCUUUGCUUCCCAGGAGUCUAUUUCCGGCAGUUCCUUCCUGUGUCCCCCAAGGUGAAAUUUGACCUUGUGGUAUCUGCUUUCUCACUUAAUGAACUCUCAGAUUAUUCUCAAAGAGUAGAAACUGUGCAGACUCUCUGGAGAAAGACCGAUGGCUUUCUGGUUCUGAUAGAGAACGGGACCAAGGAAGGCCAUCAGAUGCUCAUGGAGGCCCGAGAUGUCAUAUUGAAGGGCAAGGAGAAAGUGACUCACGACCCCCGAGGAGCUUAUGUCUUUGCCCCGUGUCCGCACCACUUGCCGUGCCCCCGCUUGACACGGGAGCAUCCCCUGCCCUGUAACUUCAUCCAGGCCUAUUCUCCUUUGCCUUUCCACUGGAAUCCAUCACGGAAGGAGGAGAAAUUUUCCUUCCUCAUCCUGCGCCGAGAGACAGGGGAGCAAGAGGAGCCGUGGCCUAGGAUCACCCAGCCUGUUCUCUGCCGACCCCGCCACGUCCACGUCCACCUGUGCUGUGCCAACGGCACCCUCCAGCACGCUGUUCUUACUCCAAGGAAACAUGGCAGAGAUCUCUACCGCUGUGCCCGGAACAGUGCAUGUGGCGACCGCCUGCCUGUUCUGAACCCCGAGAGCGAACUGGCCUUGGAAGAAGAGAAGGGUCCCAUGGAUGAGGAUCAGAGUUGAUGGAGAUCAAUGCAACCAGCCUCUUCCCAGAACAAUCUGUAACCUCUCAGAGAUGCCUGUGCCGCGGGGGUGCUAGCCAGCAUGCCGGAAUUGACUAGCUGGCUGGAGAGAUUGGAGCCGCUCAGCCAAACGCCCACGUACCUGGCUAGGAAAGAGUGGUGGCCUAAAGCAUUGUGUUUAUCGAUGUCUCAAGCCACGUUGCAUGGAUGAUACAACUUCUUAAGAGUGAUCUCUCUGCUCCUUCUUGAUGCGCCAGUGUGUGCUGGAUUGUGUUUGGUCUCCCUUUUGGCCUGAUGAGCCCGGCUGUAGUAGCUACCGUGCCCGUGCAGUCAGAAUGUGGCGGAAUCUCUGAUACACACUACCUGUGCCAUGCGGAGGUAGGUGCGGCCAGUUCCAGACAGUAGCUGUUUCCAACACACGUGUGUAUGCGUGUGUGCCAGAACUGGAAGCUGCCCAGGGGGUGCCAGGAGGGUGCAUUGGGGGGGGGGGGUUGGAAAGGUGUGCACGGAAUGCUGGGAAGGCAUGCAGGGAUCCCUGGGGACUGUAGUUCCAGCCCUUUAAGCAAGGUGCGGGGAGGAAGGGCAUCUUGAGGCCUCCCUGGGCACCUUCCCAGUAUGGUUACCAGUCCCGAUCCAAAGGCACCCCCUGCUCCAGAAACAGCAACUACUACUGUCUGGCACUGGUUGCACCAGAAGUGCCCACCUCAGCGCAGGCGGGCAGCACGUGUCAGAGAUCCUGACAGAUUCCGACUGCACAGUCCUAGUAGCUACGUACUCGGGUUGCGUUCUCCACCUGUUAUCACUCAUGCUGCCCAUCAAGGGGGUGCUGAAGGAUCUUUGAGCUAAAAGAAGAUGAGCAGAAGCUGGGUGGUACCACUUUGAACUGCAAGUGGGGGAGUCAGACACUUGGGACACCCCCCUCCCUCUUGUAAUAUGUCGCCUUCACGCUGAAAACAAGCACAUCUGAGAAGAGGUUAGCCCCAAACCUUUCCCCUUAUUCUGUACUUGUCAGGAGAUCUUUAUAUGAUGGAGCAUGUAAGUAUCCUGUCCCCUUACAUCUCCCAUCUGCAGUGCAAAAAGAAUGCAGGCUAGCUCAUGUGGACUUUCUGCUUAUCUGUUCGAGGUCCAUGUUUUAAUGGGCUGAAUAUACCUGCCCGUGUAAUUAAAGCGUGAUGGACAAGCCUUUGGAGGGCCUAAUGGAGUUUGGAAGGAACUGGGGGUGAGAGACAGGGAGGGGACCCCUUCUGAGAUCUGUGCUGUAGAGAGCAAUACACUUGUUUUGUACUCAGCAAUCAGAUUGAAAAAGAAUGAGGGGAAAGGACAGAUGCGUUCGCCCACUCUCUUUCAGUGCGUAAACAGGUGGAGUAAAGUUCUCAAUUUAUUGAGGAUGAGCCUGAAACCAGAACGGUGGUGGGAAGUCUCUGGUUUUAAUUCAGCUUGAAAAGGGUGUGAUCACACACAUACUAGUUUCAACCCCAGCUCUGGAAAGGAAGUGGAGUGAGUUAAAUUAGGACUACAGACAGCUUGGAUUUAUUCUCUGCUCUGAAGCUGGGGUGGUGAGUUGACAAGAGAUAGGAUUUGUGAGAACUAGGACUCCGGUUUCCUGCAGAUCAUGCUAGGAUCCCUCCCUGACACCCCCUCUCAAUUCCAGGGAUUUAGUCUUCUGGGAAUUUAUUCAGUUUUAAAAAAACAAAAAAAACACAUUCCCAUAUAAAUCUUUGUUAGCCUACUCUUGGUUCUUAACACGUCUGUGUAGCCUCGUGAGCACAGGAUAGGCAUAUGUUCAGGAUAUAAAUCAAGCAAAACUUGAGGUAUAAAAUUAAAACAAGAAUAAGUUUAUUAUUUACUGAUUAGAAUAAAGUUCUCUGAAAGCAGGACAUGCAAGCUUCUCUACUACAUUACCAGGGACAUCUGCUGUUCAACUUUCUGAGUGUUACAUUUUAUCCAGAUGAAAAGAAACAUACAUACAGAGGGGUGAGAUUAACUGGGACAGAGGUAAUUAAAAAUGGGUUUGUAAACUUAGUGAAUUCUGCAAUAAGAGAUGAGCCUCACUGAUUUUUGGCUCUAAAAAGCAUUCCUGCUUAUACAGGCCCAGCUACCAGAUCUCCCAGCCACGUGGCUUUUCAGAUAUUGUCCUGGAGCAGUCCUUAAGGGAGCAGCCCUUGAAGGCAUAAUUCCCCAAGAGGUGUCAGUAGCUUCCUACCCAAUUUCAAACUGUGUCCAUCGCUCCCUGAAGCUGGAGCAAGCAGCUAGGAAGACCCUAGCUAUGUGCUCUUUGGGCCAAUAUUUGAAUGCCACACAGAGAAAUCAAAGAUUCCAUGUCCAGCUUCCAUCUCUGAAUAGGAUCUGGAUUCCACUUGAUGUAGAAAGAACAACAGAUAGUUGGGACACUGAAGCCACAUUUAGGUGUCCCAAAAGAGACAGUUCAGAAGUCCCACCCAGUGCAUCACCCCCUCACUCACACUGAUCAUGGUUUGAAGAGGCAAACCUUGAUGGUGGAUGCUUCAGUGAUUGGCAGUGUGGAGCAAUUUGUGAUUCUUCCAGAUCAGAGUUUAUGGAAUGCAUGCUUUUAUUUUAAAAAAUAUUUUUUUGAUUGGGUGGGGCAAAACACCAGUGAGUAAGAGUGUAAUUGUGAUGCUGCAGAAGAGGUGGGGGAGGAGAAUAAAAAACUUUGAUUUUGACAUCUGAAAUGGUGCUCUGAGCAUUCUUCUGUGUGUUCGUUCUUAUACACACACUGCUUUUCUUUUCUUUUCUCUUUUUUUUUUUUGCUUUAAAAUUUUUAUUGGUUUUUACAAUAUCUUAACAAUCUCAUUACAUCAUAUUAAACAAAUGUUGACUUCC